CCGUUUCGACCCUCUUCCACCGGUACGUCUACGUGUGUGUUUAUUUUUUUUAUUUUAUUUUAUUUUCCCUUUUUCUCCAUCUUCUCCUCUCUUCUUGAUUUUCCUUCGUCUUCGUUUUCCCGAGACGCGGAAAUAAGCUCGAUCGCUCGGCAAGGCAGUUUCCUUCGACGCGCCGGGGUAAAACUUCGGAAACGUAUCGGGGACGUUAUCGGGACGCAGGUGGUGGCAUCGAUCAUCGAUAGGCUUUAAACACGAUGUGUCGGUGCAACUUUUGUGUUUGGCUAAUCAAAUAAUGCAGUCCCUCAAUGGUGGCGCGUGUUCGUCUGGGUUCGAUACACCUCACAAGUGCAUAUGGGAUGUACACAAAGUGGACCUGAAAAAAUAGUCGGAGCCAGUUUGUGUGCCACCGGUAAUGUGGCACACCGAUGCGCCCAUGGUUAGAGACCCUAUAAUAAGAGUCGCGCCAUCAGGCAAUCUUGGCAAAAUCCAGUGAGCAAGAAUGAGUGGUUGUAACAGCAAUACUGAUAAAUGUGAUGGGAAACAUAUAUGUUUUUUUCAAUUGCCAAAAAACCAAAUUAUGCGUGAAGCUUGGCUGCGAAAAAUCGGAAAAAAUCUCAAACCUGAGGCUGAAAAAUAUGCAAAAGUGUGUUCAUUGCAUUUUUCCGAAGAUUCGUUUGUGGUACCAAAAAAAAAAUCAAAAGUUACAGAGGACAAGAGACGUCUACAUCUUUUAAAGUCUGCUGUACCAACAUUAUUUUUAACACCAACAGAAAAUAGAUUGGAUGCUAUGGUAAACAUGGAUUUCCAAAUUUUCCAUAGAGAAUUUCCAUUUGUCUGUAAUCCAGGCAUAAGCACAGACAAAGACAAGAAUGAAGGAAAUAAGACUGAUGCUGCGCCUAAAUCUUGCAACGUUAUUUUUGAUGGCACAAAUGAAAUUGAUAGUAUUAUCACAACACCAUCAGUAAGCUCAAAAAGUAAUCCAUGGUUGGACGAAUCAUAUCGAGUAACUUGUACGCCACCAAAUGCAUCUCCCACGACAGAGUCAAGUUAUACAUUUCCUAGAAGAUCAUUGAGAGUUAAGCCAUAUGUGUACCACAGAAAAGGGAGCGCUUCAAGGGAAUACAAACGACGUAAUAAUAAAACGCAUUCAAAAACAAAUGUUACUCCAGAAAGUAUUACAAAUACAUUGAAAUCUGCUGUGAACUUUACAAUUCCAACUGUAUCUAACAUAAAGAAAUGUAAUAACACCAUUCAGUCAAUAUCAGAAGCUUUGACUUAUCAUUCAUAUUCCGAAGAAAACUUUUCUUCUCCUUCAAAAACACAGUUGUUUGCAAACCCUAAAUAUAUUUCAGAAAUUAAUAUUAGUGACUUUAGUACACCUAAAAGAGCAAGAAAACUAAUCAAUUUUAUUAAAGAAGUGGAUCAAAAGAAAUGUAAACAAAUAAGGUGUUUACAAGAUCAAAAUAGAAAACUUGUAAAACAAAUUGCUACAUUGCAAAGAUUAGUAUCUCAUUUAAAAAAAUUAAUUUCUGAAAAUGCUCCCGAUAAUGUAACACAAAAAUUAAAUAUCUUAAAAAAGAUUGAGUGUCCAAUAGUAAAUGAAAAAAUGGAAACUUCUGAUAAACAAAUACUAAUAUUCGAUCAUGACUAUGUGAAAACAUUUAAAAAAUAAAAUUAAGUAUUACAACAAAAUCAAAUAUCCUACAGUGAAUAAAAUGAAGAAAUGGAAAACUAAUAAAGAAAUAUUAAUUGUUGACCAUGACUAUAUGAAAACGAUUUUAAAAAAUGAAAUGUAAGUGAAAUGGAAAAUUCUGAUAAAGAAACACUAAUUUUCUACCAUGUCUAUAUGAAAACAAUAUAGCAGUUAACAUAUGUAAACAAUAUAUUUGAAUAUACGUAUAGCAGGAUAUUUUUAUAAUAAACUGCAUAACACUAUAAAUUGUGAUUUAUAUAAAAAUCAGUUAUUAGGCGAAAAAAUACUUUUGUUAUCAGAACUAAAAAAUAGAGGGCCAUAUUUAAAUUUAAUUGAUGAUGUUUACAUGAUUACAUGUAAAGUAUCAGAAUCAACUAUUUGGCGGUAUACAAAUUAAAAAAAGUAUAUUAAACUAUUUUUAACGAAUAUCAUACUUUAUGGAUUAUCGUAUUCAUUUUGUAACAAUACCAUGUAAGAGCAUUUAUUAUUUCAAGAAAUAUUUGAUAACUCGAGAACACAA